AUGGUGACGACGGGAAAUAGCAAAACCGGCAGAAAAAGUGAAAAAAAAUCUAACGGCCAGCAAUAUUUGAAUCGUCUUGCAUCCAUUCUUGUGCAUUGCAAGCCGUUGAUCGCCAACGGAUGCAUCAAGGCGAGAUCUUUGGCAGAAGGCAAACUUGUCCAUACCCACAUUAUCAAAACUGGAUCCCAAGAUGAUGCUUUUCUAGCAUCUAAACUUGUAAUUACGUACGCAAAGUGCAGGUGUUUGAAGGAUGCAUGCAAUCUGCUUGACAAAAUGCCUGAACAAACACUGGUUGCAUGGAACGCCAUACUUGGAGGGUAUGCACAGAAUGGCAGACUGGAGGAUGCACGUGAAGUGUUUAAUUACAUGCCUGAGCGCAAUAUUUUUUCCUGGACAACCAUGGUUGCGGGACUGGUGCAGGGUAGAAGGCUUCAUGAUGCGCGAGUAUUGUUUGAGGAAAUGCCUGAACGAAAUGUUGUGUCAUGGACUGCAAUGAUUGUUGGAUAUUCCGAGAAUGGGGUUGCUGAAGAGGCUCUCGCUUUGUUCUACCGAAUGCAACGGUCAGGAACGAGGCCGAAUCAGUUUACUUUUAAUAGUGUCCUUAGUACUUGUGCAAAUCUGGGGGAGCUAGAGCUUAGCAAAGUAGUUUAUGGGCAGAUUACUAAGAUGGGACUGGAUUCAGAGCUUUCUGUGUGCAAUGCCCUUGUUAAUCUAUAUGUAAAGCUUGGCUAUUUAGAUAGAGCAAAAGAAGUGUUUGACAAAAUGCCUAAACGAGAUGCGUAUUCCUGGACUGCACUGCUUACAGUAUAUACACACAAUAGUAGGAUGGAAGAUGCACGCUACUUGUUUGAUAAAAUGCCAGAGAAAUGUGUUGUUUCAUGGAGUGCAAUGAUUGCGGGAUAUUCUCAGAAUGACAGCUGCGAAGAUGCUCUAAAUUUUUUUGUCCAGAUGCUACAGGAAGGGGUGAAGCCUAACCAAUCAACUCUGGCUAGUGUUUUGAGUGCAUGUGGCGCUCUUGUAGCUUUAGAAAGUGGCAUUCGAGUCCAUGUCUAUAUCAUCAAAACAGGUUUUGAAUCGGACGUCUUUGCCCGGAGUGCCCUUGUUGAUAUGUACGCCAAAUGUGGGAACAUGGAAUGUGCAAAACAGGCAUUUGACACAUUUUCAGAAAGAAAUGUGGUCUCGUGGAAUUCAAUGAUUGCUGGAUAUGCUCAGAACAAGAGAAUAGAGGAAGCAUUUGAACUCUUUACCAAAAUGCCUGCGCAAAAUUUGGUCUCCUGGAAUUCGAUGAUUGCAGGUUAUUGCCAAAAUGAGCAGGCUGUGAAAGCGCAAGACCUUUUUUCCCAAAUGCAAAUGGGAGGCUGGAUCCCAGAUCAGUGUACCUAUACUAGUGUACUUAGUUCAUGUGCAGCCAUGGCAGCUAUGGAACAGGGCAAACAAACACAUGCCAAAAUUAUUGGGUGUGGAUUGGUGUCUGAUGUCCUUAUGGGGAGUGCUCUGGUUGACAUGUAUGCUAAAUGUGGAAGCAUUGAAUAUGCGCGGCAUGUUUUUGAUAAAAUGCAUACAAGAAAUGUUGUUUCAUGGACUAUUAUCAUUUUAGGAUAUGCCCAGCAUGGACAUGGCAAAAUUGCAUUGCACUGCAACUCUUCGAUGAAAUGCAACGGGCAGGCAUGA